CCCCAACAUGAACUUGAUGGCUCAAAGUCUUCGUCCAUAACCCAUGGUCUGCAAGCCUCACGGUCUAGUAAACAUCUUAAAUGUUAACUCUUAACCCUUAACCUAUUAUUCUAAAACCAUUUUCAGUCAGUACUUGCCCCUUAUGUUAUUUCGUAGUUGAGAAGACUAUCUCUAACGCACACUCAAUUUCCUUCGGGCCGAAACCACGGCCCUGAGCCCAUAGUUUCCAAUUCUAAUCAUAACAUGUUUUGUCAUUUUAGGGGGGAUCCCAAAGAUGUCAACAAGAUGACGUAUUUUCAACAUGAUACUUUCUAAUGCCCCUUUCAUUACCCCCGUGUGUCCCCUCCUGCAGCAAAGAUCAUGGCGUCAUACGUGGCUCCAUCAGGUUUGUUAGGGCGGAGUAGCCAAACAAGGGCUGGGAUAUCCCCACAUCAAGGUGUCCCUGAAUGAUAACGCUGGUGCACUGUCAAGCAUUAUCUUCACCAACCUUGAAGGGUUGCUAGGCAACAAUAUGACCUACAGGGUACAGCACUUUCACCAGUUUGACGUAGAUUUGGUUUGGGUGUUCCCGCUCUUUGCUGUGGGGUCUCAUCACUGUCACUUGGUCAUCGUUCAUUUUCAUAGUGGACUCGCAUACAACUGUUGGAGACCAGGCAGGAGUACCUGUACGCAGGUAAUGCACCAAAGUAGCUGAAAGUGUCUAUUCAGAAAACAGCAAUGGACAACAGCUUCACUUGUGGCGAGACCAGUGACAUAUCAUAUGAAGACCAUGAUUCCGCCUUCCUCCCCUCUCCAUUGAGAAUGAGGACUCCAGCAGAACGUGGUGAUAUGUGCGAUGUGGAUAAUGGGAAGAACAACAAGGCCACGCCCUCGGAAACGUACAUCGUUCCCAGUAAUUCAGAUGCCUUCCUGAACUUGAACACCAAUGCCACCACCAGAGGAGACGCUCAGGCAUAUGUGGAACUGAAUGAGCUAUCGGGAAACACCUGGCAGGAAACAGGCCGAUGGGUGGGCUUUGAGGAGAACUUCAAUGCCACUACAGGAAAAUGGGGACCAUCCCACAUGUCCUACCUGACCUUCAAGAGUCUCAUCCAACUACGCAAAACCAUAAGCACAGGUGCUGUCAUCUUUGACCUGAAUGCUAGCAGUUUGUCAUCUGUGGCUGAGAAGGUGGUGGACGCACUUGUCAACAAGAAUGAGAUCCGAUUGAGCGAUCGGGACGCUUUGCUGAGAGCACUCCUCAUGCGCCGCAGCCAAUCUGACAGACCUGUGGUCACACCCUCUGGGGACAUCGAGAUGCAGACAUUUUCUGUUUCUAACAAGAGGGAUAAUUCUGACAACAUGGAGGCCUCUAUUGUCCUCUCAGGUUCCCUGGAUCUCCUGGAGAAGCCAGUGGUGGCUUUUGUUCGACUGAGAGAUUCCGUGGUGAUGGAUUCUGCACUUGAAUGUCCCAUCCCCGUACGCUUCGUGUUCAUCUUAGUAGGCCCCAGCCAGAGUGGUAUGGACUACAGCGAGAGCGGUCGUGCAAUGGGCACUCUGAUGGCUGACUGGGUGUUCUGUUUGGAGGCAUUCCUGGCGCAGACUGACCAGGAUCUGACCAACGCCAUCGCUGACUUCAUGGACUGCAGCAUCGUCAUUCCUCCUACGGAGAUCCAAGACCUUGGGAUGCUGGAGCCCAUCAUCAAGUUUCAGAAGAAAAUGCUGCAGGACAGACUGCGCCCCACCGACAACCGUCUGGCCUUCGGUGACAGGGUGAAAGUUCCAAAAGCCCCGGAGCCACCCAGAGAAGACCCCCUGGCCCGUACAGGUUUUCCUUUUGGUGGCAUGGUAAAAGACAUCAAGCGUCGCUAUCGCCACUACAUCAGCGACUACACGGACGGCCUUAAUCCUCAAGUCAUGGCUGCAGUUAUCUUCAUCUACUUUGCCGCUCUGUCACCAGCCAUCACUUUCGGAGGACUUUUAGCUGAUAAAACAGAGAGGAUGAUGGGUGUGUCAGAGCUAAUGAUCUCCACUAGCAUCCAGGGUGUCAUCUUUUGCAUCAUCGCCGCACAGCCUGUCCUGGUUCUUGGUUUUUCCGGACCGCUGCUGCUCUUUGAGGAGGCUUUUUACAGUUUCUGCAAAUCACAGGAUAUUGAGUACAUUGUGGGUCGCAUCUGGGUGGGUAUGUGGCUCAUCAUAAUUGUGGUGAUCAUUGUGGCAGUGGAGGGCAGCUUCCUGGUUCGUUUCAUCUCCCGAUUCACCCAGGAAAUCUUCUCCAUCCUCAUCUCCCUCAUCUUCAUCUACGAGACCUUCAAUAAACUCUUUAAGAUCUUCAAGGCCCACCCUUUGAAUUUGAACUACAAAAUUCUGAAUGACACCCUGGAAAGCCCCUUCGACAGCUACUACAACAUUACUACCAAUGGCACAAUACUCGUUCGCAAUGCGCCGAUCAAGGAUGCUUAUCCUAACACAGCCCUGCUCUCCUUGUGCCUUAUGUUGGGCUGCUUUUUCAUCGCUUACUUUUUACGUCAGUUCAAGAAUGGCACAUAUCUGCCCGGUUGGCUACGACGCUUGAUUGGAGAUUUCGGAGUCCCCAUUGCUAUUUUCGUCAUGAUUGCUGUGGAUAUCAGUGUUAAGCAUACUUACACUCAGAAACUGGUCGUGCCAAAAGGUGUCCAGGUGACCAACCCUGAUGCCCGCGGCUGGUUCAUUAAACCAAUGGGAGAGAAAAAGCCGUUCCCCAUUUGGAUGAUGGCCGCCUCCUGCGUCCCUGCACUGCUCGUCUUCAUCCUCAUCUUCCUCGAGUCCCAGAUUACCACGCUGAUUGUUAGCAAACCAGAGAGGAAGAUGGUCAAAGGCUCUGGUUUCCAUUUUGACCUGCUUCUGCUUGUCGUUAUGGGUGGCAUCUCAUCCAUAUUUGGAGUUCCCUGGCUGAGUGCUGCUACAGUGCGCUCUGUCACGCAUGCCAAUGCACUCACUGUCAUGUCUAAGGGCCCCAAACCAGAAAUUGAAAAGGUUGUGGAACAACGUAUCAGUGGCAUUCUGGUUGCCAUCUUGGUCGGUGUCUCUAUCUACAUGGAACCCAUUCUGAAGAUGAUCCCAAUGACAGCUCUUUUUGGAAUCUUCCUUUACAUGGGUGUCACAUCCCUGAGCGGAAUCCAAAUGUGGGAUCGAAUGCUCCUUUUGAUCACCCCCAAGAAAUACCAUCCAUCUGACGCAUACGCUACCCGGGUGUCGACAAUGCGCAUGCAUCUUUUUACGCUGAUCCAGCUGGUGUGUCUGGCUGUACUAUGGGUAGUGAAAAUGAGUCCCUUCUCCUUAGCACUGCCUUUUGUCCUGUUGCUCACCGUGCCACUGCGCAUGGUAAUGACUGGCACACUCUUCUCAACCAUGGAAAUGAAAUGCCUGGAUGCGGAUGAUGCUAAAGUGAAGUUUGAGGAGGACAUUGGAGAGGAUGCGUACAAUGAGUCCCCACUUCCAUGAGUGAAAAGCAAUUCAAUCAACAAGUACAGCUAGUGAUUUAUUGUGGGUGGGAAUACCUAUUAGAAAACUUUUUUUCCUUUUUUUUUUUAUUUUUUUAUCUUCAUCCUGUCAUGUAGCAUUACGUUUGGGAUUUUUCUUUUACUAUUGCAGAUGAUACCAGUAGCAUUUGUUCUUGUAGUUGUAGAUUUUUCCCGUGUGUAAAUUAGAGGAAUUAUCCUUUGGAUCUGAAUAUUUUAAGACGUUAUUAUUGGAAUUUGAGCAGGUUAUUUAUCAUUCACAAAUUUCUAUAAAUGUUACAUUUUUAUCUCGUGUGUUCAUCUCAAGUUGCUAUUUUCAAGUAUUUUCUGUUAAUCCAAAUUCAUAUUAUGACAUGCUGUGUAUGAAUGACAACAUUCAUGUAAGUUUUGCUUGAGUCUGCACGUGCAUAAUGUGAAUGUAAACAAAUAAACUGAUUAAUAAA